UUUACCAAUCAAAGAUAUAACAAAGUGUGAGAUAAAAAUAUGUGUGAUUUUUUGGGAGCAGCCAAAAUGAUUAGGGGUGUCCCAAAAGAAAUUUCAGACAUGAAAGAAGAACUUGAAAGCAUUGAAAACUUCAUCAACAAUGCAGAUAGAAUAGCUGAUGCUGAAGAUGACAAUGCAAGUGAAGGAAUCAAAGCAAGGAUCAAGCAGCUCAUAGAAGCAUCUUUUGGCAUUCAAGAUGUCAUUGAUGAAUAUAUGAUUUGUCAGGAACAACCUUCUGGAUUUGCUAACUUUGUCAAAACUAUAAUUCUUCGUCGCCAAAUAGCAUACAAGAUUCAGAAAAUCAAAUCCCAAAUUAGUGAAAUGAAUGAUACAAGUGGAAAAGAACAUAGCUUGCAUAUCCAAUCAUCUUUGGAACAAGGGUCAAGCAGUACUGCAACAAACUUCAACAUGGAGAACCUUCGAAAGGCUCAAUUUUGUAUCGAUGAAGAUGAUGUUGUAGGCUUUGAAGUUCCAAGAGACAUACUAAUUGAUUGGUUGAUAGAGGAGAGAGAAGUGCACACAAUUGUCACCAUUGUUGGAAAGGGAGGACAAGGAAAAACAACUCUUGCAAAGAAGGUUUUUGACGACAACAAGAUCGUUAAACACUUUGAUUGUCAUGUAUGGAUCAGAGUGUCUCAAUCAUACAAUAUAGAAGGCUUGCUGAGGGACAUGCUGCACAAGUUUUACGAACAACAAGGAGCAAAUCUCCCCCAAAGUAUUCAUCAAAUGAAUCGAGAGUCAUUGGUUGAUGAAGUGAGGAACUACUUGCAGGAAAAAAGGUAUGUUAUAGUUUUUGAUGAUGUAUGGAGCUUACAUUUUUGGGAUGAUAUCAAAUUUGCUAUGAUUGAUAAUAAAAAGGGUUGUAAGAUAUUAAUCACAACAAGAAACAUGGAUGUUGCAAAUGCAUGUAAGAAAUCUUCUUUUGUUGAAGUGUAUGAAAUGAAAGGUUUGGCUGAACAACAAUCUUUGGAGUUGUUCAAUAAGAAGACAUUCCACGACUUAAACGGACGUUGUCCAGAAAAUCUUAUUGAUAUAUCUUUUAAAAUUGUUGAAAAAUGCAAUGGAUUGCCACUAGCAAUUGUACUCAUUGGUGGUAUUUUAUCUUGCAAAGAUAGAAAUACAUCAGAAUGGUAUAAGUUUAGUGAAAAUCUAAAUAUAGAGUUAAAAGAAGAUUUGAAGAUAAAAAAAAUUGUAGGUCUCGGUUACCAUGAUCUGUCUUACAAUCUCAAGUCAUGUUUGUUGUAUUUUGGAUUAUAUCCUGAAGGUUGUAUAGUUCCUACAAAUAUACUGAUUCGGCAAUGGAUGGCUGAAGGAUUUGUGAAAGAUGAUAUGGUAAAAACAUUGGAAGAUGUUGCAGAUGGAUAUUUAACAGAUUUGAUCAGUAGAGGUUUGGUGCAAGUAGUUUCAAUUAGUAUUGAUGGAAGAGCAAAAAGUUGUUGUGUUCAUGAUCUGGUGCAUGCAUUGAUCCUUGAAAAAUGUGAAGAAUUAAGUUUUUGCAAGAAUAUUAGCGAGGAUGACCAAUCAUCUUUAAGUGGGAUGGUUCGACGCCUAUCAAUAGCAAUCAGAUUUGACAAUUUGAUGGAAAAUAUUGAAAACUCACAGGUUCGAUCACUGCUUGUUAAAACAUUAAAUGAAUCCCUUGCAAGAAGAAUCCCUACAAAAUACAGGCGAUUAAACGUGCUUGAUUUAGAGCAUGUUGGAUUGCUUGAUGUUCCUAAAGAUUUUGGAAGUUUGACCCACCUAAAGUAUUUUAGGUUUAGAGAGAACUUUCGAGGAGAUCGUUGUGUACUUCCAAAAGCCAUUGGUAUGCUCAAGAACCUUGAGACAUUGGAUUUAACACGUACAAGUUUCCAAGCCAUGCCGAAAGAGAUAUGCAAGCUUAGAAAGUUACGCCAUUUCCUAGGCUACAAUAUGUCUUUGAUUCAAUUAAAAGAUGGUAUCGGAGGCAUGACAUCCCUACAAACUCUACGUGAUGUUUAUUUAGAUGGCGGCGAAAAUGAAGUGGUAAAGCUAAUCCAAGAGCUAGGAAAACUAAAGCACCUAAGGGAAUUGGUCUUGAUCGGUGUUAGGAGCGGAUACAUGAGUGCUAUAUCUUCCUCAAUCAAUGAGAUGCAAAAAGUGGAGAAACUACAAAUUCGCGCAAACGGAUAUGACACAGUUAUUGACAUGCAUUUGAAUUCACCACCACCUAUGCUUCGACAUCUUACUCUUGAUGGGAAGUUAGAGAUGUUGCCUCUGUGGAUUCCAAAACUUCAAAAUCUUGUUAAGCUGAAACUCAAGUAUUCCCAACUAACAGAUGAUAAAAUGAAAUUACUCAAAAGUAUGCCAAACUUGUUGACCCUCUCUCUUAGCAACAAUGCUUAUGAAGCUGAAAGGUUACAUUUUCAAGAUGGAUGGUUUGAGAAUUUGAAGCAACUAUAUCUUGAAGAUUUGGAAAACUUGAAUUACAUCAUUAUCGACGAAGGAGCGUUGCGUUCUCUAAAAAAGCUAUCACUAACCUUCCUCCGCCAUCUCAAGACUUUACCAACUGGCAUUCAACACUUGAAAAAGCUUGGAGUUCUCAGUAUUAAGCAAAUGAGCCAUUUAUUUAGUCAAGCAUUUUUUUUCGAUGAAGGAAAAGUGCAUUGGAGCUUCAAGCAUGUGCCCGUGGUAGAAAUCAUUCACCAUCCAAUUAAUUAACUUGAAAGAGGUAUGGGCUUUGAUCAGUGCAAUGAAGCUUCAAAUUUCGCUUGGACUUUUAUAUUUUAUGGCAUUGUUUCCCUUUAUUCGUGUUUUUUCUAUUUCAUUCUACAAUAAAAAAGUGUUUUUUUUAAGAAAAAAGUGUUGUUUUUCAUUUAAA